GAUGAAACAUCAGAACGUGGAGGCGACGAUAUGUGAGGUUCGGCAAAGAUACUGGGUGCCGAACAUAAGACGUGCUAUGAAGAAGAUCAUAUCGACAUGUCUUAUUUGUAAAAUUUCCAAGUGCAUACCCUCACAGCCUAUGAUGGGUCAAUUACCAAAGGAUCGACUAACGCCGUUCGUGAGGCCAUUUUCUUACACAGGUAUUGAUUACUUUGGUCCUCUCAACGUAACGGUUGGUCGGCGUAAGGAGAAAAGAUGGGUGGCGUUGUUCACUUGUCUAACAACGCGAGCGAUUCACCUGGAAGUUGCUGCCGAUCUUUCGACUGAUGCAUGCAUUCUUGCAAUUCGAAACUUUAUCAAUCGUCGCGGUUUGCCAGUAAGGAUUCGUAGCGACAACGGUAAGAAUUUCGUAGGAGCCAACAAUGAAGGAAAACGAUUUUCCGAGGUAUUUGAUUGUCAUCGCAUUCAGGACGAUCUUGCUGUGAAAGGAAUCGAAUGGAUAUUCAAUUGUCCGAACAAUCCUGCAGAAGGUGGCAUAUGGGAGCGUAUGGUAAGGUGUGUAAAGCGUGUCCUCAAUGUAACUUUAAAGGAAGUUGCACCUCGCGAGCACACGCUACAGAGCUUGUUAAUUGAAGCCGAGAACAUCGUCAACUCCAGGCCACUUACACAUUUGCCGCUGUCAUCAGAUCAGGAUGAACCGCUCACUCCGAAUCAUUUCUUGCUUGGUACUGCCAAUACUUCGCAAACGCCAGCCGUCAAUGAUGUCGUCACGAAACCCUGCGCACUUGGUAAACAGUGGCGCAUUGCCCGACAGUUGAGAGACACGUUCUGGAGACGAUGGAUUCUUGAGUAUUUGCCGACACUUACGCGUCGAAUGAAGUGGUGCGAAAGACCAAAACCAAUUCAGGUUGGUGAUCUGGUAUUUGUAUGCGACGUUAACAUGCCGCGGAAGCAAUGGUGCCGUGGUCGGGUAGAAGCGGUACAGCGUGGAUCUGAUGGCGUUAUCAGGAGAGCCGAUGUACGCACCAGCAGUGGAAUCCUUCGUCGCCCCGUGUCAAAGUUAGCCGUUUUGGACGUGGAGUAAGUGAAUCGGAUCGAUUCACGGAGAGGGGGAUGUAACAAAACGGCGAUUAUUUGUAACGAAUUUAUAGUUAAUAGUUUUAAUAGUUUAAGGAUCACUGUGAAUUAUUAGUUUAAGCACAUUAUUGUGAAUUAUCGCAGUGUCCUUUACUCCCGACGUUCGUUUUCGGUGUCCAUACUGUUGGAACUCCGAUUAUAAUUCACUCAAUUUCCGAACGCCGAAGAGAUAGGCUGAGACACUGCGAAAUAAAUUGCUGUUGUUGUUAUUGCUCUUGUA